AUGUCUGCAGAACAUGGCACCUCCGGUGGAGGUGACAGAGCUCACUAUAAAUCAUACAAGAAGAAAUACCGCAAGCUCCGCAUCAAAUUCCACGAGUCCAUGAAAGACUCCGACAAGCUCUUCAAGCAAGAACAGACCGCGAAAGCAGCUGUACGACGAAUAUUGGAGGAAAACACUCGCCUUCUCGACCUCCUCGUUGACCUCAACUCCUCGACCCACAUCCCCAAAGAGCGCCGCUUCAACCUCGGCUCACCGUCGUGUCCGACGCCAACUCGCUUCCUCUCGCCUACGCUACUUGCCACAAUCCCGCAGGAUGAGAUCGCGGACGAGGAGGCACUUCUUCUCGACCCCCCUGUCAAUGGGGCCCUGCAAGCGAAGGUGGAAGCUAUGGAUGCGGAUACGUCCUCGACCUCGUCCGACUCUGACAACGAAGGGGGCUUCAACGCCCGCAACCGCCGCGACCGGGAUUCAGACAACGAGGACGACGACAUGGAUGACGACGACGACCGCGAGGCCUACCUGGAGGAGAUCCGGGAGACAAACUACAAGCGCGGGAUUCCCGGAACACCCCCUCGGUACGUUCGCGACCAGAUGAAAGCGGACGCCGACCGCGAGCGCAAGGAGGCGGUCGAGCAGGCUAAACAGGAGGCCAUCGACUCCGCGGCUGCUGCAACUGCGGCCGCGGCGGGAGUGAAGCAGGAACCAGUCGAUGAGACCAUGGAGGACCUUGACAACGCAGAACACCCGCCUCCGCAGACGCCACCGAGGAAGCCCAUCUCAUUGGCCGAUAUUUACCCGGCGCCUGGACAGACCCCGCCGUAUCUGCGUGACCCGUCGCCGUUCCUCAUGUCCCUGGAGGAGGAGGAGGCCUUCUACUAUAACAUUGACGAGAACCUGGGCGGCGAGAUACCAACAAACCUUGAAACAUCGCCGUCAUCAAAGACGGAGUCUGACCCCCGUAACCCAAUGAGUGUGUACUGUUGGCUCCGGAAAUACCAGCCCCAAGUAUUCCUCCAAGAAGGCGAAGGCGAGAAGAAACCAAGGGGUCGUGGUGGCCGUAAGAAGGCUGGGCAUGAUGGGGAUUCAGGGGAUGAAGUUAUGCCAACACCUGCUACAGCGCCGCAAUCAGCCGUCAAGACCGGCGGGAAAAGACGGCGUGCCGACACAAUGAAGGGUGCGGGGCUUGAGGACAGUAUGGAGAUAGACCCUCACGCUACCACGCCUAGUCGUGGCCGCGGAGGGGGCAGGGGCCGAGGCGGCAGAAGGAGGGAGGGGGAACCCCCGGUUAAGAAACAGAGGAGUGAAGAGAUUUGA